GACAUGCUGCGAGCAUAACCCCAAGCAAAGGCGAGGUGGGAGAAGAUGUUCAAACUUUUGCAAAAAACGGAAUUAUUAUGCAUAUUGGCGACAAGUUUGCAUGUGGAGUUAUGAAUUGUUGAUACCUAAAGCACGUUUUAGCAGCAAAUAGCACGGGACAAUCUAAUUUUCGUGCAUAAAUAAGUGGUUUUGGAAAAGCGAAUUUCAAAAGUUUGUGAGUGUUUUUUGGCUUAAUUUAUGAACCCUUCAAUUUGAAGUGAUCGUUAAGUUUUUUUUUAGACGUGGUAUAGACAAGAUACAGAACACCUCUGAACCCUGGGGUUGUCCCGUCCGAAGGUAGCAUUCAGAACCUCAUGACCUCAAAUAACCAUUUUAUUAGUAUCAUUAUCCCCAUUUAUAAUGGUGCGACCUGGAUUGAAAACUGCUUUAAAAGUAUCCUGAAACAGACCGCCAUUGGUGUUUUGAAAUUAGAGCUUUGUAUUUGCGAUGAUUGCAGUACUGAUAACACUCCUCAAUUACUGAGUGACUGGAAGAGUACGUUUGAGGAUGCUGGUGUUGCACUUAAGGUUCACAGGAACGCGGAUUGCACCAAAGGGGUGGGAUACGCAAAGAACCGUGCAGUCAAAUUGAGCCAAGGCGAUUUUCUAUGUUUUCAAGACAUAGAUGAUGUUAUGCUACCCAAUCGAAUUUUGCGGCAAUAUUGGAGGGCUCUACAAGAACAUUCUCACACCAUUGUCGGAAGUCAGUUUAGAAGAGAUCCAGCCAAUUCUACCGUUCGUUACACAAAGUGGGCAAAUAAUUUGACUCAAGAGCAAUUAAAUUUGCAGGUUUUUACAUCGCAUGGACCCACUGUUAUUAUGCCAACUUGGUUUUGUAAUAGACGUGUCUUUGAAAGAAUUGGAGGCUUUUGCGAAUGCAAAAAAGGCUGCCCAGAAGAUUUGGUGUUUUUUAACAAACACUUGAACAUGGGUGGACAGAUUUCCAGAGUUGACGAAAUUUUAUUAGUUUAUACCUACCACACUGGCCAAGCGACAUUUUCCGUAAACGAAGAGACAAUUUGGAACAUUAGGGUGCAACGGUUGGAACAGACGAUACUUGGAAAAUAUAUAAAAUUUACAAUAUGGAAUGCAGGCAAGCAAGGACGAAAAUUUUACAAUUCGCUGUCGGAAGAAAACCGGGCGAAAGUCGUUGCGUUCUGUGAUGUCGAUGUGAACAAGAUUGGCAAAAAAUACAGAUCAUUUGAUGAACAUAGAAGGCGCUUCAAUAAUGAAGUGGAUAUUAUUCACUUCCAGAAGGCUGUUCCGCCAUUUGUUAUAUGUGUUAAAACCGACUUAACGGAUGGAGCGUUUGAAAACAAUCUGCAAAUGUUGAAUUUGAAAGAGGGCGAUGAUUAUGUGAUGUUCAGCUGAAUAACUUGAUUUUAACAAGACUUUUCCUAUUGGUCUUUUGCUCGAUUUUCCUGAAAAUUUUAGCUUUUGAAGCUUGAUAUGUUAUGAUGGUAAAGUCUACUCAAGUGUAUUUUCUAGAGAAAUUUAUGAACAGUGCGAGA